UUGGAAGAAAAGCCACCUCCGCCAUCUCGGCCGCAGCAGGCGGGGAACGCCGGCUCCCAACGCCACUGUCUCGGCCGAAUCCCGCUCCCCAUGAUUCCCCUCGGCCGGCCGUUGUCCCGGUGGGGAUAGGGCGGAGGCAGGAGUGGUUGCCGUCUCUUCUUCUUUCCCCCUCCCAAUCUGCCGCGAAGUUCCUCUCCCCGUGGCAGGCCUUUGACCUUCCACUGCCUCCAGCCAUGACUUCCUUGACCCAGCGUAGCUCCGGGCUGGUGCAGCGCCGGACAGAGGCCUUCCGCUACGCCUCCGCCGCCAAGGAGCGGGAGGCAGGAGGCGGAUCUGAGGAUGAAGGCCGCCGGGACGAGCCCGGAGACGAUGAGAAGGGCGACUCCAAGGAAACACGCCUCACCCUCAUGGAAGAGGUGCUGCUCCUGGGCCUCAAGGACCGUGAGGUAAUUUGCAAGUCAGAUGCUCCUACAGGGGAUGUUCUGCUUGAUGAAGCUCUGAAACACAUAAAAGAGACCCAACCUCCUGAAACAGUACAAAAUUGGAUUGAACUGCUUAGUGGUGAAACAUGGAACCCAUUGAAGUUGCAUUAUCAAUUGCGAAAUGUCCGUGAACGGUUAGCGAAAAAUCUAGUAGAAAAAGGUGUACUGACCACAGAAAAACAAAACUUCCUUCUUUUUGACAUGACUACACACCCUCUCACCAACAACAAUAUCAAGCAGCGCCUCAUUAAGAAGGUUCAAGAAGCAGUUCUUGACAAAUGGGUGAAUGACCCUCACCGCAUGGAGAAGCGCUUGCUAGCACUUGUUUAUUUAGCCCAUGCCUCAGAUGUUCUGGAGAACGCUUUUGCCCCCCUUCUGGAUGAGCAGUAUGAUUUAGCCACAAAGAGAGUGCGGCAGCUUCUAGAUUUAGACCCUGAGGUUGAAUGUAUGAAAGCCAACAUGAAUGAGGUUCUAUGGGCUGUUGUAGCAGCUUUCACAAAAUAACUGCAUUCAGACCAAAGUGUUCUCUCUUCUUUCAUGUAAACCCAUUGUUUCUCUUUAAUAUUAUUGACUAUUCAUGUUUUCUGUAAAUUGUACCUUCUCACAUGAUGAAUCAACGCUUGUUUAAAAGAAAUCGUGGUGAAUUCCCUCCUUCUCUAUCUGUAUACAGGAUUCUGCUGGUACAAGAGACCUUCCCAUUUAAAAACAACAGAAAAAAGAAAAUGUACUGCCAUAUUGGCAUUCUAAUUCCUAUUCAGUUUUGAGCUAUCUGAAAUACUUUGUUUAGUGUAUUUUUCAUCUUACUGUUAUUGAAGUGUUUAACAUGGAAAAUACCUCAAAAAGGAAAUGUGCAGGCAGUUGGAUCACUAGUCUCAGCUGACACAGAUGUGUGCAUGCAUCAGUGCUUCUGCAGUACAGCUCCUAACAGAUUGAAGAAGGGCCUGUUAAAAUUACCAAAGCUUCAUGGUGAAGUAUCUGUCAGAACAUUUUAUAUAUAGAUGUUGUUUCAAUUAUAUCUAACAAAAUUAACAGCAAAAAUGCCAUUAAGCAGCUUUUUCAAUAGUUCCUGGAAAAUUACCCAUAAAUUUUACUUUUCAAUAAAGUCUCUUGCAUACUUAUGUUUACAUUAAAAUGAUAUCUGAGUCAUAAGGCUAGUGUUGAAAGGCCCAGUUUUCUCAUAAACCCAUUUUGGGAUGGGAUGCAUUCCAUUAUAUUGUAUAUAUAGUUCAAAUUGUAAAUUAACAACUGUCCCAUCUUAGUAUUUUGCAAGUUUUACACCUGGUGCCCCUGAUUUGCCAUCAGCCAUUUGAUGGAAAAAAAGGCCUCCUAUAAAGAGCAUGUAUGUGAAAGCUGUUUGGUUCCAGUGUCUACAUUUUGCCAUCCAGGUAUUCUAAGUCUCUGCACUGUCUUUGAGAAUUACUGUAUAAAAUGAGACCACUUUCCAUCAUCAUAUCAUCAUAUCAUCAUUUGUAAUUUUUUUUCUUCUCUACUUUUCCCCUUCUCUAUGGAAGAAACUUGUGGCCAGCACAAUUCUUGACUGCAGCUUUUAUGUUUGUUUGUACACAAAUUAUUUGUCUAAAACUUCUCAAUCUAUUUUACACUUUAAAAACAAAAAGUUCUAGUAGGUGUUGCAUUUAAAUGGUUAGCAAGUAAUGACUGCAGCUCAGAUUAUUAAAAUUUCUCUAAUGGAAUGCUGUGCUAUAUAAUAUUUUUUUAUAUAAAAUUAUGCUGAUUAGCACACUAUUGUAAAUAUAUAUAUAUAUAUAUAUAAGAGUUUGUCUUUUAAAAAAUGAAUUGUCUUUUUGCCACUGCUUGUUGUCUCCCAUUUGUUUCACAGUGCAAAUAUGCAUUGAACAAAUUAUGCAUCAAUCUAUGUAUCUUUUUCCUUAUAACAAUGAAGAUUUAUGGCGGGGCUUACAGGUGUCUAGAAACUUUUUUUUGUUAAUAUUCAGAGUAAGAAUACUAGAUGGUAUAUAACUUGAGGGUUGAAAUUUAGGAGAUCCCUUAAUCUGUAUACUAGCUUUUUACCUGCAGCAAAUUAACUAUGAUCUUAAAAGUGCCUGAAACAGAGCAAGCAUGCAAUUUUUUUGUUGUUGUUGCUAAUUAGAAAGGUUUUAUUGCUUAACUGAAAGCUUUAGUUAAUAUUCUUCUUAGAAAGAGAGAGUUUAUAUUAAGUAGAUCAAACUGACAUAAUCAGCAGUGUCACUCAGAUCUGCAGGAUUCGUGGCUGGGUCAGACUGAGUUAACUUGUGAGUGUUCAGUUGUGUCUGCCAUAGGUAGGCCUCCUCUAUCUUGAGGAGUACUCUACAGCUUCAUCUGUGACUGGACUUUCAAAUUUGCAUUCAGUUUUAAAUAAUUUAAAUGCUUAGGUAGUUGACUUGAAAAUACAACUUAAAUUCAUCAUACCUAUAGAACCUUUUUUAAAAUAAAGAUUUAAAAACUAUAGUCCUUAACUUUUAGUGGCACAUUGUUCUUUCAGGUCUUGAAUUAUGUUUCUUUAUAAAAAUUAAAGUAUAAUGUAAGGUAUUUCAAACUUUGGUAUACAAAUAAAAUAUAAACAGUGUUUUCCUAGCUGUAAGAUGCUGUGUUUAAAACUUUGAUGAGCUUGGGCAUGAACUUUGGACAUUUUCUUUCAAACAUUUUCAAAAUGUGGUUAAGUCAAGGAAAAAUGAAAGUUGCUGUGUUACGUUUGUGAAAAAUGAGGUUGGCUCUCCUUGUAAAAUUUAAAAGUGUAAUAAAGGACAAUAGGAUUCAAAAAUAAAGCAAA